AUGAAUGUCCCAUCAACAUUGCUGAAGAUAAUCCUAGACAUCCAUCCCAAGGGCAUUUUUCAAUCGUUAAAGUGUCCAAAACGCUUUCGGAAGAAGAUCUAUAAACAUGCAGGCUGUGAUGUAAUCCGCAGAAACAUUAAGUCAAGGCUGUAUAAACGUGCGCGCGACCGCGAUCUGUCAGAUAGUCCUCCGGUCUCGCGCCUCGCUGAGCUCAUUGUGGAGGGACAGCAGUGUGGGAAGAACACUCGGUACCAGACGCAGGCAGGUGAUAAGGGUACGCAGCUCUCAGGAGGACAGAAGCAGCGCAUUGCCAUAGCGAGAGCCAUCCUGAGAAACCCCAAAGUCCUGCUGCUGGAUGAAGCCACGUCUGCUCUGGACACCGAGAGUGAGAAGAUUGUUCAGGACGCUCUGGACAAGGCGAGCAAGGGCCGCACGUGCAUCAUUGUAGCCCACCGGCUGUCCACCAUCCAGAAUGCAGACUGUAUAGCAGUGGUCCAGAACGGGGUGGUGGUGGAGCAGGGCACACAUCAGCAGCUCCUUAACCAGCAGGGGGCAUAUUAUACCCUCGUCACCUCACAGAUGAGCCACUGAUGAUGGAGCAACGACACACACCAGAGAAACACUCUCCUCUGCCUGCAGCUCCAUGCCAUGGUAUGUUUAUUAGUGUCAGGUAAUGGGGGAGAUACUAAGAACAUGGACAUUUGUGUCCAGACGUAAGCACUUGUGUAGUUGGCUAGUACCUUGUCAUGUUGUACUUUUCAGUUUUAGGCCACAAUAUUAAUCCAAAUCGGCACUUUCUUGUUGCUGAUUGAAUUAUAUAUAUAUAUAUAUUUAAAUUAAUAUUAACUAUCAAGCACUACCAUGCUCUCAUUUCCUGGAUGCACAGUUUAUGCAACAACGAAUGUUCAGGGCAGAACAUUUCAAACAUGAUUAUGUACAGUAAUUUAUACAUGAAUAGCAAAAAUCGUGACUAAUAGCAAAGACGUUCUUAUUGGUGAAGACUGUUGUUGUUCUUAACGUGAAAAGAUGACCAAAGAGUUUGUUUUAUAAGGAUUUCUGUAUGUGUGGUUCCUUGAUGUCUGUCAGACUAACAUGAGGCCAUUUUAUUUUCUUAUUAUGGCAGUUUUUCUUGCGCACAUACUGUAUGUAAAAAAAUGUUUGGAAUAAAGUUUUCAUUUUUCA